AUGGAAAAGGGGAUAAUACAUCAAAGGGAGAGACAAAGAAACAGACUACAGCAGCAGCAGUACCAACAGCAGCAGGCAGAACAGCAGCAGCAACAAGCAAAACAGCAGCAACAGCAACAGCAGCAGCAGCAACAACGGCCGCAGCAACAGCAGCAGCAACAGCAGCAGCAACAGCAGCAACAGCAGCAGCAGCAGCAGCAGCAGCAGGACGCAGCAGCACUGCAGCAGCAGCAACAGCAGCAGCAGCAGCAGCAGCAACAGCAGCAGCAGCAGCAGCAGCAGCAGCAGCAGCAAGCGGGGACUGACGGACAGGGGGAAACUCCUCACGAGAUAUCAUCACCAGGCGGCCUGCAGCAGCAGCAGCAGCAGCAGCAGCAGCAGCAGCAGCAGCAGCAACAGCAGCAGCAGCAACAGCACAGGGCAAGGGAUGCAUAUCAACACGAACAAAAGGGGCCUCGAAGGAGACAAAAACACAAAAAAGGAGACAGAAAAAGGAAACAAAAAAGAGACAGAAGAGACAAACAAAGACAAGAGGAGAAGGAAAGAAGGAGACAGAAAGAAGGAGACAAAAAUACAAAAAGAGAGACAGAAAAAGGAGACAAAAAAGAGACAGAAAUGAUACAGAAAGGAGACAGAAAGGAGGAGACAGAAAGGAGACAGAAAGGAGACAAAAAAGGAGACAAAAAGAGGACAGAAAGGAGACAGAAAGGAGACAAAAAGGAGACAAAAAGGAGACAAAAAGGAGACAAAAAGGAGACAGAAAGGAGACAGAAAGGAGACAGAAAGGAGACAGAAAGGAGACAGUUUGUGUUUUGUUUUUGUCUCCUCUCCCUACCCUUAAAGCCCAGGGCCCUGAGCUCCUCAACUGCAGCAAGAGCAGCAGGGCCCCCACCAACAACAACAAAUGUUUUAUCUUUGAAAGCCUGA